ACACCCAGUGACAUCAGUAAGAAAAAAAAGCCUCACUCACAGACUGCACUGAAGGAGCGAGGGGGCAAGGGGUGCCUUCCCGAAUAACUGAUAGCAACUUUACUGGGAAGAUCUGGAAGGAACCACGGGCACGCAACAUAAACCAGAGCAACACCUGGGGAAGUGUGGAUACUUUUGAGAAAGUUUUGAAGAGGCAAUGUCAACUUCAGACGAAUCAGACGGGCUUCGGCCACGUUAUGGGUCGGUCCUGGAUGGCGAGCACAGGCUCACGGCCGAGGAGAUGGACGAGCGGAGGCAGCAGAACAUGGCCUACGAGUACCUGUGCCACCUGGAGGAGGCCAAGAGAUGGAUGGAGGCAUGUUUGGACGAGGAGCUGCCCCCGACCACAGAGCUGGAGGAGGGGCUGCGCAACGGCGUCUACCUGGCCAAGCUGGGCAACUUCUUCGCCCCACAGACCGUCUCCCUCAAGAAGAUCUACGAUCGUGAGCAGACGCGCUACAAGGCUACAGGGCUCCAUUUCAGGCACACAGAUAAUGUGAUCCAGUGGCUCAACGCCAUGAGUGCCAAAGGCCUGCCAAAGAUUUUCUAUCCUGAGACGACAGACAUUUACGACAGGAAGAACAUGCCCCGCUGCAUCUACUGUAUCCAUGCACUCAGUCUGUACCUGUUCAAGCUGGGUCUGGCUCCACAGAUCCAGGACCUCUAUGGGAAGGUGGACUUCACAGAGGAGGAGAUUAACAACAUGAAGAGUGAGCUGGAGAAGUAUGGGAUCCAGAUGCCGGCCUUCAGUAAGAUCGGAGGCAUCCUGGCCAACGAGCUGUCUGUGGACGAAGCUGCCUUGCAUGCAGCAGUCAUCGCCAUCAACGAGGCCAUCGACCAGGGGGUGCCCGAGGGCACGCUGACGGCCAUGCGCAACCCCAACGCCAUGCUGCUGUGCCUGGACGAGAGCACCGCCCAACACUACCAGGACACACUCUGCCAGGCCAAGGCCCAGAAGGUGGAGAACGCACGCAAGCGGAUUGGGGAGAAUGCAGACGCAGAGAGGGAUGUUUAUGAAGAGCUUCUUACACAGGCUGAAAUCCAAGGCAACGUCAACAAAGUCAACUUGUCAAACGCCCUGAGUGCAGCGGAGCAGGCCCUGCUGGGGGGCAACGAGGACGGGCUGUACGAGGCACUUCGCGCCCAGGCUUUGGGCCUAAAGAACCUGAACAGCCAGAAUAAGGGCUGGUACUUCAAAGAACUGAUGGCAGCACGGGAGCUCAAGGAACAGAAUUCCCCAGGAGAGGCACUUACAAAGGAAGAGUUACAGAAUGGAAUAGAUGUGUCCAAUGAGGUCGCAUCUGCUUACCAGAAAAUGUUAGAGGCAGUAGAUAAGAUCAACGCUGCGAUCAGGACGGGUGUGGCGGAGGACACUGUGAAGGAGCUGAUGAACCCAGACGCCCAGCUGCCUCAGGUCCACCACAGCGCUGCAGAGCUCUACCAGAGAGAGCUGAGCAGCCUACAGCAGCAGAGCGCAGAGGGCUCGCUCACACACCCGGAACUGCUGGUUGCCGUGGAGAUGCUGUCGUCGGUGGUGCUGAUAAACGGUGCCUUGGAUGUGGGCGACCGCGCCGCCAUGUGGAGACAGCUGUCCAGCGCCGUCACCGGACUCAGCAACGUGGAAGAUGAGUACGCUCAGAGGUACAUGGAUGAGCUGAUGCGUUUGAAGGCGGCGGGUCGUGAGGACGGGAAUGAGUACCUGACCUGGAACGACAUCCAGGCCUGUGUGGACCAGGUCAACGGCACGGUCCAGGAGGAGCACGAGAGGAUUGCUGCAAUCGGACAGAUAAACGAGGCUCUGGAUGGGAGCGACCUGGAGAGCACGUUGGGGGCGCUGCAGCACCCAGCAGCCAAGCUGACCGAUGUAGACCCUUCUCUGGCUCAGCACUACUACGAUCUGCUGCUUCAGGCCAGGAGGGAGAAAGCCCAUGAGACGCAGGAUCCAUCAGCAGUGCUUUGGCUGGAUGAGAUCCAGGAUGCCAUCCUGCGAGCCAAUCAGGAGACUCAGGAGGCCUUGCAUUUCUCCAAGGCCAUCCAGGCCAUCAAUGAGGCGGUGGACAGCGGUGACUCGGCACAGACUCUGGCUGCCCUCAGAUCACCGGCGGCAGGACUCUACGGGUUGACGGCCGAGUGUGCCCCCACCUACCAGACGGACUUGGCCAAGAUCAAAGAGGACAAGAAGGAGGGUGCUAAUGGUAGUGAAUGGGUGCAACACUGGGUGAAAGGUGGACACAAUUACUACUACAAUAAGGAGACAGGGGAGGGCAGCUGGCAGGAGCCCAAAGACUUUGUUCAGAACAACACCCUACUCAACAAGGAGGACAUUCAGGGUGUGGUGACCGGGGUGACGGCGGCGUAUAACCGUGAUCAGCUCUGGCGCGCCAACGAGAGCCUCAUCACCAAGCUUCAAGCCCGUUGCCGUGGUUACCUGGUCAGGCAGGGCCUGAAGAACCGUCUCUCUUACCUGAAGGAUCAGGAUUCGUCCAUCAAGUGUAUUCAGGCCCACUGGAGAGGGUACAAGCAGAGGCAGGGCUACAAAGACAGAGUGAAGUAUCUCAAGGACAACAGUGAGCAAGCAGUUAAGAUUCAAGCGAUGGUCAGGAUGCACCAAGCUCGCAAGAAGUACAAAGACCGCCUGAAGUACUUCAAGGACCAUCUGGACAAAAUAGUGAAAAUCCAGGCCUUCAUUCGGGCCAAUAAAGCCAGAGAUGAUUACAAGACACUCAUCAACGCCGAAGAGCCCCCGAUGGCCGUGGUGCGCAAGUUCGUGCACCUGCUGGACCACAGCGACCAGGACUUCCAGGAGGAGCUGGAGCUGAUGAGGCUGCGUGAGGAGGUGGUCACCAACAUCCGCUCCAACCAGCAGCUGGAGAACGACCUCAACCUGAUGGACAUCAAGAUCGGCCUGCUGGUGAAGAACAAGAUCACUCUGCAGGAGGUGGUGUCGCACAGCAAGAAGCUGACCAGGAAGAACAAGGGCGAGCUGUCCAACAUGAUGAUGAUGAACAAGCACAAGGGGGGGCUCAAGGCCCUGAGCAAGGAGAAGAGAGUGAAGCUGGAGGCCUACCAGUACCUCUUCUACCUGCUGCAGACAAACCCAACCUACCUGGCCAAGCUGAUCUUCCAGAUGCCCCAGAACAAGUCCACCAAGUUCAUGGACUCUGUGAUCUUCACCUUGUACAACUAUGCCUCCAACCAGCGUGAGGAAUACCUGCUCCUCAAACUCUUCAAGACGGCUCUGCAUGAGGAGAUCAAGUCAAAGGUGGAUCAGAUCCAAGAGAUGUUGACUGGAAACCCCACUGUCAUCAAGAUGGUGGUGAGCUUCAACAGAGGGGCACGGGGUCAGAAUGCCCUCAGGCAGAUCCUUGCUCCCGUCGUUAAGGAGAUCAUGGACGACAAGGCGCUAAACAUCAAGACGGACCCCGUGGACAUUUACAAGAGCUGGGUGAACCAGAUGGAGUCCCAGACCGGAGAGGCCAGCAAGCUGCCGUACGACGUGACGCCAGAGCAGGCCAUGGGCCACGAGGAGGUGCGCACGCGUCUCGAGGCGUCCAUCAAAAACAUGAGGGCCGUCACCGACAAGUUCCUGUCCGCCAUCGUAGUCUCCAUCGACAAAAUCCCGUAUGGGAUGCGCUUUAUUGCAAAGGUUUUGAAGGACACGCUCAGUGAGAAGUUCCCUGAUGCCAGUGAGGAUGAGCUAUUAAAGAUUGUGGGCAACCUGCUGUACUACCGUUACAUGAAUCCCGCUAUCGUGGCACCUGAUGCUUUUGACAUCAUCGAGAUGUCUGCGGGCAGUCAGCUGACCACUGACCAGAGGCGGAACCUGGGCUCCAUCGCCAAGAUGCUCCAGCAUGCGGCCUCCAACAAGAUGUUCCUGGGCGACAACGCCCAUCUGAACCCGAUCAACGAGUAUCUCACCAGCUCCUACCAGAAGUUCAGACGCUUCUUCCAAGCAGCGUGUGAUGUGCCGUCACUUGAAGACAGGUUUAACAUUGAUCAGUACUCAGACCUGGUCACCCUCACCAAACCGGUCAUCUACAUCUCCCUUGGUGAAAUCAUCAACACACACACGCUCUUACUGGACCAUCAAGAUGCCAUCGCAUCCGAGCACAACGACCCCAUCCAUGAGCUGCUGGAGGACUUGGGCGAGGUGCCCACCAUUGAAGCACUGAUAGGAGAGAACCCCCUCCCUCCUAAUGACCCUGCCAGGGAAGUGAUGGGGAAGACGGAGGUGUCUCUCACCCUCGCCAACAAGUUUGAUGUCCCGGCCGAGGCCAACGCUGAGAUGGAUGCCAGGACGCUCUUAUUGAACACCAAGCGCUUGAUAGUGGAUGUAAUCCGUUUCCAACCUGGAGAUACCCUGACUGAGAUCCUGGAGUCUUUACCUUCUCCUGAGCAGGAAGUGGAAUACCAGCGAGCCAUGCAGAGGAGGGCCAUCCGGGACGCCAAGACCCCGGAGAAGAUGAAGCAGGCCAAGCCCGUGGUGGACGACAGCCUCACCCUCCAGGGCAAGAAGGACAAGAUCAAGAGCAACCUGCAGCGGCUGGGCGAGCUGGGGAAAGUGCACCCUGAAAACCGCUACCAGGACCUUAUCAAUGACAUUGCCAAGGAUAUCAGGAACCAGAGAAGGUAUCGGCAGCGGAGAAAGGCGGAGUUGGUGAAACUGCAGCAGACUAACUCUGCACUCGGCUCCAAGACCACCUUCUUCAAUGAGCAAAGUGACUACUACAACCGAUACAUCAAAACGUGCAUGGACAACCUUGCCACCAAGGGAAAGCCCAAGAAGCCUGGCGCUGCGAAGGCCAAGAAGAGCAAGCAGGUUUCUCAGAAAUAUACCGCAGCACGGCUGCACGAGAAGGGCGUCUUGAUUGAGAUUGAUGAUCUGCAGACAAAUCAGUUCAAGAAUGUCAUCUUUGAGAUCUCCCCAUCUGAGGCUGUAGGCGUGUUCGACGUUAAGGCCAAAUUCAUGGGUGUCCAUUUGGAGACGGUCAUGUUAGAGUACCAGGACCUUCUGCAACUGCAGUAUGAAGGUGUUGCAGUGAUGAAGUUGUUUGACAAAGCCACCAUCAAUGUCAACCUGCUCAUUUUCCUGCUUAACAAGAAGUUCUACGGCAAAUAGAGACUGAAAGACACUUUAUGAAAUGGAUUAAAUAAAAAAUACUCCUCCUUCAUGUUCAACCAAAAAACUCCAUGGUCUACAGCCCUUUACCCUUUUUUGUUUGCUGCACUACUACAAGUUGUUGCUUUAAAAUCACAUGUGCCUUAUUCGCAAUGGAGAGUUCUUCUGAGCUCACAGCCGUGGCUGCAGAUGGUAGAUGUUUGUAUUGUAUAUCAUUGGUCAUUAUUGUAUUGCAGUUGUGUUGAAUGUAGUCCAAAGGUCAAGAUGUAUUUUAUUAGUUUGCUAGGAAUUUGCUGCAUGAGCGUAUACCAUGUAUUGUCAUGUAAGGAGGAUAUUCCCUUUUCUAAUUUGUGUGUCACUGAAAGAACACAUAUUUUGCUUAAGAAUAUUUUUGCUGUUGGAAACAUCCAGCAAUCCCCUUGAAUGACAAUUGCCCUUAAUGCUAAAAAUAUCAAGAAACAGAGGUUUGUGCAAACUUGUGAGAUGAGUGAAAAUGAUCCAAAGAUGUAGUGAUUCACUGGGAAACAGUGUCUGUCAUGUAUGCUGUUCCAAUUCCAAGUGUGCCACUACCCAGAAACCUCUGCUGUGUUCCACUCCGGACAUUCCAUCUUGGAUGUGAACCUCAUAGGAAAAAGUCGAUUUUUUUCAGCACUCUUUAAUGCUGUUUGCAUUUUAUUUACGUCCUGCUAUUUCUGUUUUUGUGUGUAUUCGUCAUUUUUUGUUUGUUUAAUUUUAAAGGGGAAUCAAUGACUUAUCAUUGAUUUUUUUAUUUGAACACAAUUGAAGUUAUACAAUGCUCAUGUAAGCAUUGGACCAUGGACAUAUGCAAGAAAUAAAGAAAAAAGUUUUGUAAAGAUAUGUUAAUUACGAAACUUAAUAAAAUAUAAAUGUUUUAGAACA